UGGAUAAAUAAAUAAAUGGCAUGCAGCAGGGUAGCUAAUUGGUGUGUAGCAGUAGCAGUAUCACCAUCAACUUUAUUCCCCCGAAUUUCUCCCACUCUUAAUCCUAAUCUUAAUUAUUUAUCAUCAUCAGUAGCACCCACCCCUCUCUCUCUUUCUCUCACUGGCAGCAGAAGGUUUUCAUCCUCACCCGUUUCAGCCAUGGAUAAGGAAGACGCAGCGGCGGCGGAGCAAGAAUACGCACUUCACUCCACCUUACUCCUGGAAUUCACCGCCAUUUCCGCCAUCGACAAGGCAUGGCUCUUCAAAUCCCACACUCACACCGCCUCGGCUUCUUCUUCGCAUGCAAUGUUCUGCGUUAGUCAACCCAACCUCUUGGUCAACAAGAGGAAGAAAUCCAUCGUCUCCGCCACCAUUCUCACACAAAACGACGCCUCCUCCGUCACGUUUCAGUGGGCUCCGUUUCCGAUCCAAGUUUCCGGAGUCUCCGCAAUGGUUCCGUCUCCUUCUGGAUCCAAGCUUCUAAUCGUUCGAAAUCCCGAGAGCGAUGGCCCUUGCCGCUUCGAAAUCUGGAGCUCCUCUCAACUCCAAAAGGAGUUCCAUAUCCCUCCAUCUAAGCAUGGUUCUGUCUACACUGAUGGAUGGUUUGAGGGAAUUUCUUGGAAUUCGGAUGAAACUUGUAUAGCGUAUGUAGCUGAAGAGCCGGCCCCUACAAAGCCCACAUUCAAUGAUCUGGGUGGCUACAAGAAAGCUGGUUCUUCAGAAAAGGAUUGUGGUACCUGGAAAGGCCAAGGGGAGUGGGAGGAGGACUGGGGAGAGACAUAUGCAGGGAAGAGGCAGCCUGCGCCUUUUGUCAUCAACAUCAACAGUGGAGAAGUACAAGCAGUCAAAGGAAUUGACAAGUCUUUGAGUGUCGGACAAGUUGUGUGGGCUCCAUCAACUGAAGGCUCUGCGCAACAUCUGGUUUUUGUUGGAUGGACAUUUGAGACAAGAAAGCUUGGUAUUAAGUACUGCUAUAACAGGCCAUGUGCAUUAUAUGUUGUUAAAGCACCACACCAUGAGUCAAAAGCUAAUGAAACUGAGAUUCACUCAACUGAAGAUGUUCAGGCUGUUAACCUAACUCAAACCAUAAGUAGCGCUUUCUUUCCACGGUUCAGCCCAGAUGGAAAGUUUCUUGUAUUUGUAUCUGCAAGAAGCUCGGUUGAUUCUGGAGUCCAUUCUGCUACUGAUUCACUUCAUAGAAUUGAUUGGCCUGAAGAUUCAAAGCUUUAUAAAUCAGCUAAAAUUCAUGAAGUGAUUCCAGUUGUGUUGUUUGCUGAGGAUGGUGGCUUCCCUGGGCUUUACUGUUCAACUAUCCUUAGUGAUCCAUGGCUUUCUGAUGGCUACACUUUGGUUAUAGCAUCUAUCUGGCACAGCAGUCAAGUUUUACUUUCCAUCAAUGUGUUGAGUGGAGAACUAUUGCGUAUCACCCCUGCUGACUCAAACUUCUCUUGGAGUCUCCUUGCAUUGGAUGGGAACAAUAUUCUUGCUGUUUCUAGCAGUCCAGUAGAUGUUCCUCAAAUCAAGUAUGGAGCCAUUGUUAAGAAGGCAGCUAAUAAUAAAGAAUGGAGUUGGUCAGAUGUCGCAAAUCCCAUAUUUAAAUGCUCUGACAAGGUUAGAUCCUUGAUCUCCUCUCUUACAUUCAGUAUAAUGAAGAUCUCAGUCAAGGAUAUUUCUGCUAGCUUAACAAAAGGUGCUAGUCAACCAUAUGAAGCUAUAUUUGUGUCAUCAAAAACUAAGAAAAGUGAUGCACUUGAUCCACUAAUUGUAGUUCUUCAUGGGGGACCACACACUGUCUCAUUGUCAAGCUUUUCAAAGCCACUGGCUUAUCUUUCUUCCCUUGGAUAUAGCUUGUUAAUUGUGAACUACAGAGGCUCAUUAGGAUUUGGUGAGGAAGCCUUGCAAUCUCUUCCAGGGAAAGCUGGAUCUCAGGAUGUCAAUGAUGUGCUCACUGCUAUUGAUCACGUCAUUAACUUGGGACUUGCCAGUCCUUCAAAGAUUGCAGUCCUCGGUGGCUCACAUGGUGGCUUUCUGACAACCCACUUGAUUGGCCAGGCACCAGAGAAAUUUGUUGCAGCAGCUGCUAGAAAUCCUGUAUGUAACCUUGCUCUGAUGGUUGGUACAACUGAUAUCCCUGAUUGGUGCUAUGUGGAGACCUAUGGUACAAAGGGGAGAGAUAAGUUUACUGAAGCACCUUCAGCAGAAGAUCUAACACUAUUUUAUAGCAAAUCUCCUAUUGCACACCUCUCAAAGGUAAAAACACCAACGAUUUUUCUACUAGGUGCCCAAGAUCUCCGUGUCCCAAUUUCGACUGGACUACAAUAUGCUCGGGCUUUAAGGGAGAAAGGAGUACAGGUUAAAGUCAUUGUGUUUCCAAAUGAUGUUCAUGGAAUUGAAAGGCCACAAUCCGACUUUGAAAGCUACCUUAACAUUGCGAUGUGGUUCAACAAGUAUUGCAAAUGAGCGGGCUAGCGAUUGAAUCAUUUGACUCCCUUCCAGGCUAGCGAUUGAAUCAUUUGACUCCCUUAAUAUUAAUGCUAUUGGGGUAGAGUGCAUUUUGUAUUUGAAAAAGAAAGGGUAACACACUGUAUUUGUUAUUGCUAUCUUUAAUUUUUAAUAAAAAAAUUGGUUCACUGAAGGAUGUAUUUUAGCUUUGGGUUAUGAAAAAGACAAGACAUUCUGAUUACUUAAAUAUAAUAAAAUUCUCAUUAUUUAUAGUUAA